AUGGAAGGAGGCGUGAAUGAUGAAGGUGGGGAACACACUGUAAAAGGUAAAAAUAGCAGCCGUGGUAAAGACAGAAUUAGAGGUGGAAAUAGAAGCGGAAGUAAAAGAGGCAGUAAGCAGGGAAGUAUCAACAGUAGUAAAAUUAGCACUAUCAACAGUAGUAAAAUUAGCACUAUCAACAGCAGUAAAAACAGUAGUAAAAGUAGCAGUGCCGAAAGUAGUAAAAUCAGUAAGAACAGUAGUAAAAAUAGCAUUGUGGGCAAUAGUAAAAAUAGCAGUAUCAGCAAUAGUAAGACUAGCAGUACCAACAGCAGUUUGAACAAAAUGGACGUGAAAUCUUCCAGUGAUUCACGCGCCCCAAGUUGCAACAGUGGAGACUUUUGCGACCCAAGAAACGAAUUCCACAUGCAGAAUACGGAUCAGGAAAAUUGCGGAAAAUCACAAAAGGACAAUAUAAAAUUCACACAGGUAAAUAAUUCCCAUUCGAAUUACGACAACCAAGCAGUUAGACAGAGUUACGACGCGAUUACAUCUAAUGAACUAAGUGCGAACAAAGCAAAUAUGUGUUUCUCAAAUAAUAGCGCUAUGAAUUACCACCCCUCAAUGCGUGAUGGGAAUAACAAUUUAAUAAAACCAAAUAAUGUGGGUUACUUAGAUUAUAAUAUACUGAAUUCUAACCAUGUCUACAAUAUGAAUAAAGUGUACAUUGACGGGAAUCCAUUCGCCAUUAAGACAAGCACAACAGACAAUAAUUUACUAAACAUGAGUUCUGAUUAUUUUAAUAAUGCAAUGAAAUGUUACGAUUACCACAAUUGUAGCAACUUGACAUAUCAUACUGGUAUGCUAAACACGAGCACAUCAGAAAAUCAGAAAAAUUAUUCCAACAACUCAAGUCCGCAUAAAAGUGAUUACUUGAAAUAUAACCUGUAUUCUGUUAAUUCUAUACAUAAUAAUCUGAACUUUUCCAAUGUAUCCAAUUCGAAUAAUGUGAAUAGCAACGUUACCACCCCUGCUUCAGAUGCAAUGAAUUAUAACCCCAUAAGCAACUCAUGCAACGUGAAGUACACACCUAACAUUCUCGAUUCUACACCAGUAAGAAAUAUCAACUUUUCGAAGGCGAAGGAUCUCCAUUUUAUCCACUCCAACAAGGCAUUUUUGCAGGACUCUGAUUUGUCUAAUCAUUCCUAUAGAAAAUUAAAAAAUGAAAAUUUGUCGCCAAAUUGUUGUACGCCCGUGUGUAAUGUAAUCUCCAUCGUGGAUCCUUCUAGAUACAUUUCGAACAAUCGUAGCAAACAUCCAAAUAAAGACCUCUUAAAAACUAAUGCUUUAAGUAGCACUGAUUCUAGCGUAGCGAAGGAAGACGUGAAUGCGUUCGUUUCUGCGGAACUGGGAAUCGCUGGUAACCAUAGGGCGAAAUUGCAAACUAGGGGAACUGAAAGUUGUGAAGAAGUGGUGUCCCAGGAAAGUGCAGAAAGAACAAAGCGAGGUUACAAACACGAACGAGGAGAAACACGCAAAAAAGACGCAGGCAUGGGGGAAGACAAACAGAGCGACAAAAAAAAGGAAAACACAUACAUACUGAAAAACGAUUCAAAUACGCAAAAUAAAAAACGUAAAAGCUCAGGAAAUUCAUCAAAUGCAGAUUUCACAUGUGGAAAACCAAGAGGAAAGUCUUCUGAUCAAGACAGAGAAAGAUGCAACACAAAUGAACAGAAAAAAGAUUUAAAGGAGGAAAACUUCGCAGUGACCAUAACAAAAAACCAAAAGAGUAGAAGAAGUGUAACAAAUGAAAAUCAACAAUUGAAGAAUGAAGAGCAAAAUUACAAUUGUAAAAAAGAUACACACGAAUGCAGUUACAAAAAGGGCGCAAGAGAAAUCCCCUCAAAAGGAAGCAGUAAAAAUCAAAUAGUUGUGCAUAAAAGAAAUAGCCAAGUUUUGACAAAGAUAAUGAAUUUCCAUGGUUCGGAUGAAGAUAUAAAAAAUGAUUCCAUCUCUCAUAAAAAGAAAUCUAACAUAGAGCACACAAAAGGUGAUGAACUCCCCGACAUUGUUAAAUCGAGUACGAUAAAGGAUAGGUUGAGAUCACGAUCAUCAAAAGAACAGGCAGAAAAAAAUAAAGCCUUACAGGAUAGUACAAAUGGGAAAAAUCUGUCGAAAUAUGAUUUCCUCAUGAAUCGAAAUACCGUUUUUAAUAAUGUUCCCAGGGAAAAUAAAAAAGAAGAGAAAAAAAAAGUGACCUCCCCGAAUUUUUUUGAAGAAAAGUGCACCAAUUCGAAACUAGUGCAAAACGAUAAUACGGUGGAAAAAAAAAGAAAACUUGAAGACAUCAGCCAAGGAAAAGCCGACUCAAAAGGUGAGCCCGUCUCUGACGUGGUGAGCAAAAAUGAGAAAAAAUUGAAAACAUUGAAAACAUUGAAAACAAAUGAGGAUCCAAAGGAUGAAAAAAAUGCCCGUGUUUUAAGCAGUGCAGUUAGCACGAAAGGCAAUAGCCAAAAAGACAAAGGAAAGGAAAAAGCUCGUCAAGACCAAACACAUGUUUCUAAUGCCAGCACGGGGGGAAAUAAAAAUUGUGCUAAAGCAAAAAAUGGGGAUGUGGUCAAAGGGGAGAAUCUCGCUGGAAAGAAGCAAAAUGAAAAAAUAAAUGAAACAGGCGCUUUAAAGGUGGAAAGUCGCAAAAAGGAUGAUAGGAAAGCGGAACAAGGAAAAACAAGUGAAAAAGUGAAGGAAGCCAAAAGGGCUAUACAGGUCCAAAAUGGAGAACACCUUCUAGCAGUGCAAACUACAUUACUCCAUAAAAUGAAAGAAAAAAACAGUAUAGAAGAAACGGACACAAAGGAACCAAGCGAAGUAACGGUCGAAACGGAAGAGGUUGCAACCGGAGAAAGUAAUCUGGACAAGGGCGAUAAAAAAGAGGCGUCUUUGCAAGGGAAAUUUUCACAAAAGCAGACAAAAAAUCCUUUGGAGGGAAAAAACUCUAUUAGAGAGAACGGUAGAGAAAGAUGCAGUAAUGAAGAUGGUAAUGCGGAAAGGGGUUUUUCUCAAAUGAAACUUCGACAGAGGGAAACCUCCAAAGCGAAAGGAAUUAACAAAGAAGUGGCCAAACCAGCCAUUCAUGCAAUCUGCGAAAAGAAAAAAACAUCCCAAAUGAACAACCCGAUUAGAGGCAAGUGCGAAGCAGUUGCGAAAGAAGAAGGAGUAAUGUUAGGCAGUACACAGGCGGACGCCUCCGUGGACGCAGUAGACGGGUAUAAAAAAAAGGAAGACAUCGUAAGAAAAGAGCAACCAAAAGGUCACAAGCGGUGUAGCAAACAAAACGGCCCCAUGGAUGAGGAAAAGAAAGGGGGAAUAAGGAACAUCACGGAACUUAAACCAAACAUAUGUAAUGCACAUCCCGCAAAGGAAGCCGCAGAAAAAUUAGAGACACCCAAUAUUGCGAAUAAGGAUGUAAAUAAAAAACUGAACGAUGAAAAAAUAAAUAUAAUGGGCCCAAAUGGAAAGGUACUCGAUAAGGACAAAUAUAAAAUUACAGACUCAGUGAUUUAUCCCAAUGAUACAAAAAUUGUACAAGUAAAACUUAAAAAAAAAAAAAGCGUGAAGGUGUUAGCGCAAGAUUUACAAUCAGAGACAAAUGAGAAGAGCGAUUCAGUACAUGAAAAGACAAAUAAAAUUUGGCCAAACUUGGGCUACAUCAACUACGUAGGUAACCUUGUCGGGAACGGUUCCUUUGGCCAUGUCAGAAAGGCUUUGUAUAACAUAGAAGAUAACAUAAAGGACUUAAAAUUUUACAUUGACAAGGUGAAAAGUCCAGAAUUUGCACACCUGUUAAAGGAGUAUAGCACGCUGAACAACUUGGAACACGAUGACGAAAAGGACGAAGCGGAGGCAAACCCCGAUGCUACCUACAGUAGUAACGCCUGCAGUUUGAAAAGGAGAAGACCCAAUUCGCUUUCCUUAAAUGAUGGAAGCCCCCCAGUUAGUGACCAAAAGAAGGUCAAUAGGGGUAUCCAAAACGAUAUCACAAACUUCCAGAUGAACAAACGAAAAGAAUCUCGCAAUAUUCAGGAGCCCAUUUUAGAAGAACAUGAAAAAGAAAACCAGUGCCCUUGCUGUGACCUCAAAGGUAACGUCCCCCUAGCCAUAAAAGAAAUAGACGUUAAUCGAAAAGGGAUGGAUUAUCAAUUCCUGAGAGAACAAGAAAUGAUGGGCCAUUUCAACAGUAACGUCAUUAAACCUAUAAGCACAAAAAAUGGAAACUUAGAGGAGAGACGGAAUUACGAAAUAUUAAUGCAUUGUGCUCAUGGGGACUUGAAAAGAUUACUUCAAAAUUUAUUAAUCCACAGAAAAAAAGAAUUUGAAAAAAGAAAAAAAAUUAACAAAAUUUUGAAACUAAUACAUAUCAUUUUUGGCGAAAAAUACAAAUGCUACAAAAAUGAAAAUAAAGGAGAAUAUACUUGUAUAGGUCUAUGCUAUCAAAAAUUAAAAAAUGUAAAAAUGAAGUUAAAUAACAUCAUAGUAGAGGUAGAAUUACCCACACUGGACUUGAUAUAUGACAGCAUAAAUGCGUACAAUUGUGGACUAACCGAACUGGAGUGUAAAUUCCUCUUCUUCCAAAUAGCCAACGGAAUUAGCUUCCUCCAAACAUGCCACCAAUCUAACAUAAUACGCUUAACAGACGUUAAGUUGCAGAACAUUUUGGUGUUUACAAAUGAUCAAAAUAUUUUUAAUCCCUUCAAGUGGCAUUUGUGCAUUUCCGAUUUUGGCUGUUCGGUAAUGGAAUAUGCAACUUAUCACCUUGAAAAUUUGAGAGGAUGCACAGAACAGUACAAAAUUGACGUACGUCAGUGGAAGCAGGAGUUAAUCAAUCAGCUCUCUUCGUUCUUCCAAGGAACAGUUUACACUAUGGCACCUGAAGGCUUAUGCUACGAUCAUAAGGGAAAUUUUAGACAUUCACAAUAUAACCCGUUAAUGUAUUUUUAUGAGCAAAAUUUUGGAAACAUCGAUGACAGAUUUGCAGAGCUUCAAAAAUCCGUAACAGGCGCGUUGGGCAAUGUGGGUAAAGAAAAAGGGCUUAAUAAAAAUUCGCGCACAAACUUUUAUUGCAGUGCUAAGGAGAACACGCAAGACAAGCAAAACGCACCUCAAGGAAAUCCUGAUGGUUCUAACAAUGCUAAGGUGAACACGCAAGACAAGCAAAACAUACCUCUAGGAAAUCCUGAUGGUGCUAACAAUGCUAAGGUGAACACGCAAGACAAGCAAAACAUACCUCAAGGAAAUCCUGAUGGUUCUAACAAUGCUAAUGGCGAAAUGGAAAAAGAAAAGAAUGCACCCAGUGAGAAAGAUCCUUCACAAAAGAAAGAGCUACCCUCGGAAAAAGGCAACACGGAACAGGCAGGUAACGAAAAGUGCAAAGGGAAAGAUCACUCCAACGUGAAAGACCAAGAGAAAGAUAAAAUGAAAGAUCAAUCGAACGAUCAAGGGAAAGCUAAAGGACAAAGCGAAGUGCAGAGCAAAAAGGGCCAAAAUGAAAGCAAAAAAAAGAUGAACAACACCUCAACGGAAUACUUCCCCUUCGACGCAAGAUGCGACAGCUGGGCCUUAGGAAUCAUCCUAGCCGAUUUAGGGAAAUGCGGAAUGGGUUCUUACGAUUAUAUAGCAUCAGAAAAUUUCAGAGCAAGCUACAUUAACUGUUUGGCGAACAGCAAAAAUGUGGACCUAAAUAGCAUAGUAAUGAACGACUUGAAUUUCUCAGAGGGUGAAGAAGUUUUUUAUCUGCAGUGUAUAAUGCACUACUACGACAUUACCAGCUUGGAGUGGGGUGAUGAAUGUUUAGAAAAUGAGGAGCUAAAAAUGCGUGAACGCAAAGGGGACGAACCCAAAAGUGGGAGCACUACAGAAGAGAGGGGUGCCAACAACGGGGGUAAUGCACCAAACAAAGCAGAAAACAAAGCAGCAAACAAAGAAGCAAACAAAGCAGUGAACAACGCAGUGGGCAAUUUGGAAAACCGCCCUAGAGACAACGCCAUCGCGCAAGACAUGUACCAAGGUACGGACAAGCCAAGGGGAAAAAGACACAGAGACCACAGGUGCUCACCAGGCAGAAGCAACUCCUCUAAGCAUCAUUCGAAGAGGGCCAAAGGGAUGGAAAUCAAACUUGAGGAUAAUGUAAACGAUUUUUCAAAGCAAAGUAAAGGAAACCUAGCCUUUAGAAGAAAUGAUCCCAGAAAUGAACCCAGAAAUGACGAAGAAAAGAAUCACAUCGAGGGAAACAAUUCGGAACAGGGGAAGAAAAACAAAACAGAUGAUGACGACGAUUCUGAAGACCUAGAGUUAUUUACAGACCUAUACCGGGAGUUCGUCUUAAAAUACAAAGAUCUAGUAAAAGAAGAUAAACUUCCAUAUCUAAAACAAGAGUUUGUGAAUUAUUUUAAGGAUAAUAAAUAUAUGAUAACUGGAAAAAAUAUAGAAAAAAAAAUCCUAUUCCUCUUUCUAAUAAUUAAUAACAACCUAAUGUACAGUGACGACAACGAGUAUCACUCCUUCCUUAAAACCGAUAUAGCCAUAAGGAACAUCGGGUCAGGCAUUUUCAAAUUUAGGGACAAAGGAGAAAAAGAAAAAUAUCUCGUAGACUUUAGAGCCAACUUACAUAAGGAACACAUGAAUGGAAACAAGGACUACUGGCAUAGUCGAUUGACCAAUAAAUAUUUGGCCUACAUUUUAAAAGAAAUUUGUCAUAAAAAUUUUUGUGAUAGAAAAAAAAAUAUAAAAAGAUGUUUCAGCAGAUUUGAGUACCCCCUAUAUUAUAGUAAUGACUACUGGAAUUUAUUGACUCUACUUUUGAAUUAUGUUCCUUAUGAAAGAUUACUAUCCUCUGAAGUUCUUGGGCACGAUUUUUUCUCAAAUCCAAGUGAAAAAAUUAAACACAUCGUAGCUACUGCAGACGAUGAUUCUCUAGACUUGUUUUCCCAAAAAGAAUUGUUGUAUGUCAUAAGGAAGAAUUACGUCCAAGAAAAGAAGGAGAACAAAUAUGUCUGCAAUCCUUUUCUACGGAAAAAUGAAGAUAAAACUGCAACAGAGGAAAGCGAAUCCAACAUGGGAGACAAAUCUCUUCAGUUGCGUUCAAACAAAGGGAUUUCAAGCAACUGCGUAACAAAGUCUGUAGAAAGACGAGUCAGUGCAGGAAGAGAAAAAGAAAGAAACUUGUCAAAAAUGAGUUGCACCGUGGGAAGUGAAAAGAAUGCCAAUCAGCAAAAGAAACAUAUGACGUCUCUGCACAACAUCAUCACUGAACACAUGAAAAACAGGUGCGAUUUUUGCGACAAGGUAAAGGACUGUCUAAAUUACAGAAACGUUCUGGAGAAAAUCAACAAGCUGGAAAACUCCCUUUUAACGGUUAACCAAAGGGACCAAAGAGAUGUGAGUAGAACGUGGGGAACAAAUGCACCUGUAAGAAGUACACAAAAUUGGCGCCAACGAAGCAUCUGCAACAAUGUGUAUUAUUUCCUAAACGAAGCGUCCAUUUUUGCCCAGCUCACUAAAUUAGACAUAUUCAUGAAGGAGCACCUACCAUUCGAGCAUCUGUACCUGCCCAUGUGCAAUGAAAAAACGAACAAGGAUAAAUUACAAGUGAACUUCUUCUUCAAGCCAAUGUACUUUUAUUCCCUCCCAUACAAAAUUAUACACGCAUGGUAUACAGGCCCCCUGCACAUUUACUUGAAUCACCCAGGCAUUCCUGAUUACAUCAACUCCAUAUGUUUAAGAGAAUCGCAUACUUUAAGAAGGAAAGAAAUUCAUUUUUGGAAUUGUGAAAAUAUCGUUAUGCAAAGUGCACUGAAACUUAAGCGGCUUUUAAACUGUUCCGAUGAUUUCCUCUGUACCCCUUAUGUGUCCCAUAUAAUAGGAAAGCAUUUGCUAAUUAAGAAGCAACUCCUUUUAAAAGAUCUUCAUAAAAAAGAAGAAAAUGCCUAA